UCAUCUCUCAACGCUUUUUAUCUUUCCUUCUUCCUUCACCGUUCUUCCAAUUCUUUCCGAAACGGAGAAAACAUUCUUUUGUAUCUAUUUCCGUACUAUGUAUAAAUUCGGCAUUCAAAUUCGAUGCCCUUUCUAGCAAGGAAACAAAACUUUCCAUGGAACUGGACUCCUCUGAGAACUCCAACUGGCUUAUUGACUACGGCAUACCUGACUUCCCGCCUCCAGCUGCCGGCUUUGGGUGGCCCCCGCAAACUAUUCUCGUUGCUCGCUCUAAUCUAAGUGCUGCAGUUGAUUGUUCAUUUACUGAUUCAGAUAGCUUGAAGGAAGUUGCCUCUAGGAAAAGGUUGAAGUCUGAAUCAUGUUAUGCAUCUGGAUCAAAAUCAUGCCGGGAGAAAUUGCGCAGGAAUAAGCUGAAUGAUAGGUUCCUGGAACUGGGUGCCAUCUUGGAGCCUGGAAGGCCACCCAAAGCAGACAAGGUUGCUGUUUUAAUUGAUGCUGUAAAAAUGGUGCGUCAGUUACGCAGUGAAGCCCUGAAGUUGAAAGAAUCAAAUGAGGAGUUGCAAGCAAAAAUUAAAGAAUUGAAGGCUGAGAAGAAUGAGCUUCGUGAUGAGAAGCAGAGGCUGAAAGCAGACAAAGAGAAGUUGGAGCUGCAAGUUAAUGCCAUGAGCACACGACCAGGCUUCCUGCCUCUCCCCUCUUCAAUGGCAGCUGCAUUUGCUUCUCAAGGGCAAGCUGCUGGCAACAAGUUGAUGCCUUACAUUGGAUUUCCUGGUGUUGCCAUGUGGCAAUUCAUGCCACCUGCUGCAGUUGACACAUCACAGGAUCAUGUACUUCGCCCUCCAGUUGCUUAAUUUGAAGGAUGAUGAUGGUUUGGUUCUUACUGCCGGUCUCUUUAUGAUUGCUUGUUUACUUUAUAUUCUUAUGAUCUUUGCUGUUUGUUAUAAUGUUUUGUGUGAAUGUCCAGUAGUUGAUUAGCUGGACAUGCUGUCUAGAAACUAGCAAUUUCUGUGGAUUUCUGCUACUCCUAAUGUAAAAUACGAUGAUUUAUAAAUUUUAACUAGCUGAGUCA